AUGACUGGCUAUCCACAACAGCAGCAACAGCAACAGCAGCCUGGUAGCGGCUUCCUACAGCCUCAGCAGACCGGCUACCCCGGCAUGUCGCAAUUCCAAAGACCCAUGCAGACCGGUAUGCCCUACCAGCAGCAGCAACAGCAGCCCCAACAAGGCCUCAUGCCUCAGCAGACGGGUAUGAUGGGUGGCAUGGGUAUGCAACAACUCCGUCCCCAAGCCACAUCCAACUUUCUCUCUUCGGGCCCCUCGGGCAUGGGGAUGGGCAUGGGUAUGGGGAUGGGUAUGAGCGGAGGUGGACUUCAGCCGCAGCAGACAGGCUACAUGGGUGGACUGCAGCCUCAGCAGACUGGCUUCAUGGGUGCCGGCGGCCUUCAGAUGCAGCCCACCGGCCUCAUGCCGCAAAUGACAGGUAUGCCCAUCCGCGACCCGCGUAUGCAGCUCAUGAGCGCUCAGUUCCUGCCUGCCUCGCAGCCCUUUUCCGGCGCUCCUGUAGCCGGCAACAUGAACUUCAGUCAAGCCAGCAUGCAGCCAUCCAACUUUCAGUCGCAGAUCCAGAAUCUCAGCCAGCAGCAGCAAGGCUCGAAGGAGCCUCGCAUUCCGUGGGCGCUUACAAAGGAAGAACGCAAGAGCUACGACUCCAUCUUUCGCGCUUGGGACUCCCAGGGUACCGGCUUCAUCAACGGAGAGGUGGCGCGCGAGGUCUUUGGUCAGAGUGGUCUCGAGACCGACAAGCUCAUGCAGAUCUGGCAUCUUGCAGAUGUAGGCAACCGCGGAAAGCUCAACAUCAACGAGUUCCACGUCGCCAUGGGCCUCAUCUACCGUGCCCUCAAUGGCAAUGAUGUCCCCGAGACUUUGCCGCGCGAGCUCAUCCCUCCCUCAGCUCAGGACCUUAACGACUCGGUCGACUUUCUCAAAGACCUGCUCAAGAAGGACACCAGCGUGCGUCACAGCACCGGUCUCAACAUCCCCGAAGCCGGCUCCAACAGCAACGCUUCGUACGCCAAGGCCCGUUCCUUCCACGAGAACCCAGUCGCACCCAAGAAGGACGCCACCGCUUACAAGCACGACGACGCCGACGUGCCUAGCUACAAGAGCAGCAGUCGUCAUCUCGAUCGCAAGACCGUCCGCUACGAGGGCCAGAGUGCCACCGACGAUCUCAGCGAGAUGAAGCGCCAGCUUGAAAACACGCAAAAGAUGCUCGACAAGCAAGGCGCCGACGAUGAUGAGGACCGCGAACUCGAGCGCGAGAUGGACGACCUGCGCUACCGCAUCCGACGGGUCCAGGACGACAUUGAAUACUACAACCGUCGCGGUGGCCGCGAUUCCGCCGAUUUGCGUCGCAAGGCUGAGCGCGAACUCAUGCAUCUCAUGCACGAGCGUUUGCCUCAGCUCGAAAAGCGAAUCGAAGCCAAGGACAGUCGCCAGCGCGAGCGAGACCUCGAUCAGAGUCGAGCAAGGGACCGUCGCAACGAUCCUUACAGCCGCUACAGCGAUCGCGACCGCCUGCAUGAUGACGAUCGCAACAACAGCCGCUCGGGCUCGGCGCUCGGCGACGGCGAGUAUCUUCGCGGAACGUUUGACCGUGACAGCGACAGGCGUAGAGACGACGAUGAUCGCUACCGCCGCAGAGAUGACAGUAGCGGCCGAUCGACGCCUACAUCCGCAUCGCAACCGCCUCCACCUCCUCCGGCCGCCGCAGCCCCCAAGCCCGCUGCCCCCUCGCCAGCUCCAUCCACCCCUACCGCCAGUUCGGGCGCUCCCAAGAACAUGUCUGCCGAGGAGCGCGCCGCAUGGAUCCGAUCCGAGGCUCAGCGACGUGUGCAGGAGCGUAUGCGCAUGCUCGGUGCCGUCGCCCCAGCUGGACCCGGUGCCGUCGAUACGAGCGUCGAGGAUCGCCUCAAAGCCGAGCAGGCCGAGGCUGCCGCCCGAAGCGCACAGGCUGAUCAGGAAGCUGCGGCUCGUGAAGAGGCCAGGAAGGCCCGCCUCGAGGAGACUCGCCUCCGGACCGAAAAGAGUAGCCUUGCCACGGUCAAGAAGGAGAUCAAGGAAGCCGAAAAGGGCGACAACCCGCCCCCUGCUCCCAUCGUUCAAGCAGCCAAGGAAGAGAUCAACGACCAGGAGGACAUGAUCCAUCGUCGCGAAGAAGUCCUCGCCAAGGAAAAGGCUGAGCGCGAGGCGCGUCUCAAGAGGCUCGAAGAGCAAGAGGAAGAGGCUCGCAAGCAGGAGGAGGCCUUCAAGGAGCGUCAAAACAUGUUCAGCAGCGGCUCCAAAGCAGCAUCGUCUGCUCUUCCUCCUCCCUCUCGCAAGUCUGGCAAGGCUGCCGCUCCGCCACCGCCGCCGCCCUCACGAUCUCGUGCUGCUCCAGCUCCCGCUCCCGCUGCUGCUGCAGCGCCUGCGCCGCCAUCCUCUCUCGCUCCUCCGGAGGCUCCGCCCGCCCCUGCACAGCCUAGCCCGACUCCUAGCACCAGCUCCAGCACCAACCCCUUCCAUCGAAUGCAGCAAGGUGCAGGCGGUCCGGCUGCCAGCCCCUCGGCAGCUGCACCUGCAGCUCCGUCCGUCUCGACGCCUGGCGGAGGCACCAAUCCUUUCUUCCGAUCUCAGCAGCCUGCAGCAGACUCGAAUCUUCCCCCCGCUAGUCGUGCCACCCCUCCCGUAUCUGCACAGCCCACAGGUGCCACUCCGACAUCGACCUCGCGCACCCUUCACACCGCGCCAAAGCACGACGACGACGACUGGGAGGAUUCCGACAAGGAGGAUGAAGACGAAGAGGCGGACGGACCUGGGUCUAGCACUCGUGCCACGCGCCAGAACCUUGCACAGGCUCUGUUCAGCAACUUGAUUCCAAGCAGUGGCCGAUCCACUCCUCCUGCCUCUGCACCGACUGCGCCGCCUCCGCCCCCCGCGCCGCCUGCCGCCCCGGAUGCACCACCUGCCCCUGCCGCACCUGCCGCACCUGCGGCUCCUGCUGCUCCUGUCAUCAAGCCGGCUGCUGGACCAGUCGAUCGCGGUGCUUUGCUUGGCCAGAUUCAAGGUGGUCUGAGACUUAAAAAGGCGCAGACCAACGAUCGUUCCAAGGCGCUCGUUACUGGUAGCGUCAUCGGAGAUGCUUCAGCGCCUGUGCAGAAGUACGUUCCCCCUCCUAGCCCGCCGGCGGCUCCUGAAAUGUCCUCUGCCGUCGAGGAGCGAUCCGUUGCGGAAGCUGCGCCGCCGGCGCCGCCAGCUCCACCCGCACCUGCUGCUCCCAGCAUGCCUGGCUCCUUUGACGCAGCUGCUGGUGGCGGAGAUUUCGCAGGAGGCAAUCCGAACCGACAAAGCGUGGAUUGGGCCAACAGCCUUGCCAAUGACCAGGCCAAUACCAAGUCGGCCUUUGUGCCCGAUGAGCCAUCGGUGCGGGAGGAAGCUGAGGAGGACAGCGCCGACGAGGACGAAGGACCCGAAGAUCUCGAUGCCGUCCGCAAGCCGGCCAACGGUCACGCCGCCUUGGGCGCUGACGAGGUGGAAGGCUUUGACCUCUCACGCACCGUGCGUGUCCGCACUCUGUACAGCUACGCCGGUCAGCGUGAUGAGGAUCUGUCCUUCGAAGAAAACGACGUGCUGUCUGCUCAUCCUGCCAAGGAUGCUGACAGCGCCUGGUGGUACGGAUCGCUCGCGAGCGGAACCAAGAAGGGCUUCUUCCCGCGCUCGUACGUCGAGCCUAUCGAUUCUCCCGCCAAGGCCAAGGCAAUUUACGAUUACUCGGGAGCCUCCUCGGAGGAAGCCAGCUUCGCCGAGGGCGACACGCUCAACGUCGUCGAUCAGGAGGACGCAAACUGGUGGCGCGUCGAUGUUGGCGGGCCCAAGAUUCUCGUCGCUCCUGCGACGUACCUGGAGCUUUCUGGUCAAACAACGCAGAAGCUGGCACCCGCUUCCAUAUCAGCCAACGAGGACAGCGACAGCGGAUCGGGUGUCAUGGUUCGCGGUCAUUCGCAAGAGUCGGAGCGUGUUAGCAAGAACACGCCAAAGGGUGUUGAUUGGGUCAUGGUGGACGAAGAAUCGCGCAGUCUGGGCUCCUCCACCAUUCACGUCCAAGCGCCGCCGCUCGACUCUGCGAACGACACCGAGGCCGACGAACAAGCGCAACUCGAUGCAGCUCUCGAAGCAUCGCAGAAGGAUCAGCGGCUUCGAGACGUGGAUCGGAUGCGAGAAGAUCGACAGCUGCAAAAGGCGAUCGAAGCGUCUAAGAUGGAGGCGGUCGCGUACGCACUCGGCUCCAUCGAGGCUACGGGCGGCGCGAAGCAAGGAGACAGGGAUACAGUGAACGAAGCGGAAGAGUCCGAAGACAGCGACUCGACCACUGGCUGGACUUCGAGCGAAGAUGACGAUGACGAUGACGAGAACGAAACAGCUGCCACGACGGCAGCAGAGGAGGACCUGACGCCACACACGGAGGAAGAGAUACGUCAGCACACCGUCGAGAGGCUGCGCGUGCUCGAAGCAGCUGGCGUUCUCGUCACGAGCGACGCAACAGAGCGUGGGAAAGUCGGAGCUUGUGAUCCCUCUGCAGACAUCGGAGGAGCCGACGCAAGCAACUCGACGAGAUCAGCCCGUCGACCUCCUCCGCCGCCUGGACAGAAACGUCACAAGAACAUCGACGAGCUCGUCAUGCUUUCUCGGUCGCGCACGACCAAACGACCGCCAAAGCCAGAGGAGCCCCAACGUCGCAAACCGCCACAUCGACCGCGCAAAAAACCAAGUCGGGAUCUCCCUCCUGUCCCCGUCGACGGUGCUGCUGCAGCACCAGUAUCGAGCAGCGACUACACUCAGCCCGGCACGAUCCCAGAAGAUCGCAUGGAGGACGCCUACGACCGCUACCUGAAGCUGACCAAGGAAGUCUCGUUGCAGCCUAUCCUUCCCGCCACUGCAAGCGCUUCCGCUUCUGCAAGGAACGCAACGAUUGCUCCACCUUCGUCUCCGCCUCCUCUCGGCUCACCGGCACGACCAAGCUCUGCUGCUGGAGAAUCAUCUUCCCGCACGUCCGGGUUCCUGUCGACGAUCAAGUCCAUGUCGCAGCGCAAUCCUUGGACUGUCUCGUCCAGCCCAGCGCCGUCUAGUCUCGGUGGCAGAAUCGUCAGCGGACCCAUCGCUAUGGGUGCUGCCAGUCCAUCUGGCGGUCUGCUGCAACCCGCAACGAUUUCCGAGUCGCAGCAGGCUGGCACCGCCGAUGCAUCCGAGUCGUCGACGGUGGCUGCACGUGCAGGUGCUCCUUCGUGGUCGAGCCUCGUCGGGCCCGAACUGCUUUCCGGUCUCUCGGACACCGAAAGAAAGCGACAGGAAGCCAUCUUCGAACUCAUCUCGACAGAGACGGCCCACGUGCGCGACCUGCAGAUCAUUGUAGAGGUGUUCUUCAAUUCGAUGCAAAGCAUGCUCUCCGAAAAGGCAAGCACCGUCAUCUUUGCCAACAUCGAGAGCGUGCUGUUCACCGCCGUGUCGUACCUAUCGGACCUGGAAGCACGGCAGAAGGAGGAUAGGCUGUUUGUCACUGCCAUCGGUGAUGUGCUUGGAAGGCACAUGUCGGCCAUGAGCGUCUACCUGCCGUACUGCGUAAAUCAGCAAAGCGCGAGCGAGAUCCUCGAGGCGGAACGGAAGCGCGACACGCGAGUCGAUAUCCACUUGCUCAAUCUUCGGUCCAACCAUCCGGCUGCAAGAGGACUUGAUCUCAGCCACUUCCUCCUCGUUCCCAUGCAGAGGUUGACGAGGUACCCGCUGCUGCUUGCUCAGAUCCUACGCUACACGCCGGAGGAGCACAUCGACCACCUGCCUGUGAAGACAGCCAAGGAAACAGCCGAGAGCAUCCUCGCCAAGACCAACGAAGCCAUCCGCGAAAACGAAGACGCCACCGCCCUCGCCAAGCUCUCCGAAAACCUCUGGCUCGGCGAGGAAGCGCGGCUCGACCUGACCAAGCCAUUCGUCGAUCCAUCCCAGCCGGACGUCAAGCGACACCGUCGUGUGCUACGAGAUGAGAUGGUGACGAAGUCGAAAUCGGGUCGAAAGCUACGCUUGGUGCUCACCACCGACCUGCUCCUCGUGCUGCACGCCCAGGACAGCAGUCUCUACCGAAUGCCUAUCCCCAUCAACGAGGUGUCGGCGUCCGAGGCAAAGAGCAAAGGCAAAAGUGGCAAGUACGCGGAUGCGUUCAGUGUGGUUCAUGAAUUGCCGGCGAUGCAGACUUCGGACACGUUGAAGUUGAGAGCUGCAAACGCCAGGAACGCUCAAGCUUGGAUCAAGGUCAUCACAGCUGCAAGGGCUGAAGUGAAGGGUGGUAGCACCUGA